CGCUUGUGUAAUUGAUAAGAGCUUUGCAUUUUAAUAUUUAUCGCAAAAUGCGGCGCACGUUUGCCAUUUGCCGAACUGGUUUUAGUGGUUUAAGUUAUGCAAAAACGUUCAAAACGCAUGCUGUAACUUAUAGUCUGCCGACAGCGCGUCAUGCGUCAUCGGCCUGCUGGAAUUGCCAAAAGCUGGGCAAGCACAUGAUAUGCGCGGAAUGUGGCUGCCUUCAGGAUGUGGAUAAUAGCACGAACUACUUUUCGUUGCUGAAUUUUCCCGUCAAGUUUUCGCUGCAAACCCCGGAGCUGACGCAGCGCUUCCGGCAGCUGCAGGCGCAAGUGCAUCCCGAUAAAUACAGCAACAAGACUGUGCGCGAGCAAACCAACUCCGCGGACUGGAGCUCGCUGGUCAACAAGGCGUACAAAACGUUGUCGGUGCCAUUGGAGCGCGGCCAGUAUAUGCUGCAGCUGGAGGGCGAGCAGAUGCCGCAGGACAAUAGCGCGCUAAACGCCACUUUUCUGAUGGCCAUGAUGGAGCGCAAUGAGGAGGUGGAGGAGGCGUCUGACAGCGAUGCGCUGGACAAGCUAAGUGCACAGUUGAGCCAGGAGCAGGAGGCAAAGGCACAAAAGCUGACGGCACAAUUCGAGGCAAACGAUUUGGCGGCGAUUAAACAAACGCUUGUGGAAAUGAAAUAUUUGCAGAGCAUACAGAGCAGCAUUAAAAAGAAACAACAACAGCUGAUGUCCAGCUGA